AUGGGCAACGUACUAAGUGGCCGGCAAAGAAAUGCAUCUUUCGCUUCCAUCGGCGGCAAAAAGCGCGGGGAUAGCAUGUCAUCCCGCAAUUACGAACGACGCUCGCAAAAGAUGCCUUAUCGUGUCGAGCAUGCUCUGGAGCUUGAGGAUGCUCCUGUCGAAAUUCAGAAGAAAUUCGGAUGGAGCCAGUGGGACAAAUCAAUCAACAUCUACAUAAAAUCGGACGCGUUGACGAUUCACCGACGGCCGAUUUCGCAGUCGACAGACUGUGCGCGCGGCAAGUAUGGAUAUAGAGAAGGCCUUCACAUUUGGGAGAUUGUUUGGACGAGUAACCAACGCGGAACUCAUGCUGUGGUCGGUGUCGCUACUGAAAAAGCCCCGACUCGAAAGAUCGGAUAUUGCGCGCUUGUUGGAAGUUGUAACCAAACAUGGGGGUGGGACUUGGGGAGAAACGCACUCCGUCAUGAUGGUGAGGUUGUUGCUCCUGCUUGCCUUGCAAGUUCAAAUAACAACGACGGCGAGAACCAUAAUAAGCUUUCUUAUCCUCCGCUGGACGACUACGAUACGAAUUUCAUUGUGCCUACGAAAUUCUUAUGUGUACUUGAUAUGGACGCUGGAACACUGGGAUUCAUCGCGGAUGGACAAUGGCUGGGAACAGCGUUUACAGGUCUCAACAAAGUCCGGGACGAAGACGGAGAACAAUCGCGUCUCUACCCGAUUGCUAGACAAAAAGUUAAAUUUCCUUCUGCUUCAAGUCAGAUCAUGUCAAGUAUCCUCAUUCGGGGUCACUGUGAGGUAACGAUGCGAUAUGUCAAUGGACUCCAAUCAAACCCGCUUUCGCUAAAGGAAUUUGCGCGACGAUCAGUGCGCGAGUCGUUACCACAGAUGCGCGGAAGAGGCAAGCAGGAGAAUAUUCAUCUCCCUCCCAAGCUGGCCAACUACUGUAAAGACUACGGGCUUGGUUUCGACGUUCGCAACAAAGCUAGCUAUCGAUAUAAGUUUGAUCUUGCGGAAGAACCAGAAACCAUUUCUUACAUAGAAGAUUCAUCGGAGUUUUCCCUCGAACUCUCCAAUCGAAUCGAAAUGAACUCGGCCUCAAUCAUGCGUAGGAGCUCGAUUAGAUUCGUCGACUCAAAUUUUUAG